UGGGCAUGCAUACACGCGAGCUUUAUCCUGCAUGUUGCAAUGAAGUAGUAAAAUUUUUUCUUUUAAAUUAGUAUAAAAGUGUAAUUAAUUUAUUUAAACAAUUGAGGUGAAAGCGUUGAUCCAUUAAUCCUCCUCCCUGUAUCACACCGUAUGAAAGUUUUUACUACGUUAAAACUCACUCUCCUGUUGUGAUUGACAAUGGUUCGGUCGGUCGUUUAAUUGAGAUAAACGUGCAAAUUGUUAUACGAUGGGGCUUAAGCUAACGGUGGAAGCUGUACUUAGCUCUUGUCAACAUCCAGUUGAUACUAUCAAAUCAUAAAAUGUGCGUUAACAAUAGAAGAAAUAUGUUACUAAGAAUGAGUCCCCGCCUUGUUUUCAAUCUUCACAUCCAAUUCCAGGGUGCAAAUAUAUCGCAGCUAGAAAGAGACAUCGGCUCUGAUCAGUUCCCUCCCAAUGAGCAUUACUUUGGAUUAGUAAACUUUGGUAACACGUGCUACAGCAAUUCUGUAUUACAAGCUUUGUACUUCUGUCGUCCAUUCAGAGAGAAAGUCUUGGAAUACAAAGCAAGAAAUAAAAGAACCAAAGAAACCUUAUUAACAUGCUUGGCAGAUCUUUUCUACAGUAUUGCGACACAGAAGAAAAAAGUUGGCUCCAUUGCCCCAAAAAAAUUUAUCGCUAGACUAAGAAAAGAAAAAGAGGAAUUCGACAACUAUAUGCAACAAGAUGCUCAUGAGUUUCUCAAUUUUCUCAUUAAUCACAUUAACGAAAUCAUACUCGCUGAAAGAAACCAAAGCAGACCUGCAGGCGGAAAAGGUGGGGCAGGAGAUGCAGGAUCUCCGCCAGAGCCGACAUGGGUUCACGAAAUUUUCCAGGGCAUUUUGACUUCAGAAACUCGUUGUCUCAAUUGUGAAACUGUUUCCAGUAAAGAUGAAGACUUUUUUGAUCUACAAGUUGAUGUAGAUCAGAACACUUCUAUCACACAUUGUCUGAAAUGCUUCUCUAAUACAGAAACAUUAUGCAGUGACAACAAAUUCAAAUGUGAUCAUUGCAGUAGCUACCAGGAGGCUCAGAAACGUAUGAGGGUGAAGAAGCUGCCAAUGAUAUUAGCGUUGCAUUUAAAAAGGUUCAAAUACGUAGAACAAUACAACAGACACAUCAAAGUUUCUCAUAGAGUGGUCUUCCCAUUAGAGUUGAGACUCUUCAACACUAGUGAUGAUGCUGUGAAUCCAGAUCGAUUGUACGACCUGGUAGCAGUUGUUAUACAUUGUGGUAGCGGUCCUAAUAGAGGUCAUUACAUUUCUAUUGUAAAAAGUCAUGGAUUUUGGCUACUUUUUGAUGAUGACAUGGUUGAUAAAAUAGAUGCAGCGACAAUAGAAGAUUUUUACGGCUUGACGUCAGAUAUUCAAAAGAGUUCCGAAACUGGCUACAUAUUAUUCUAUCAAUCAAGGGACUGUAGCUAGAAGUUGACUUAUACUUUAGCAAUUUAACAUUUUAAUACGAGUGAUGAUGAUGAUGAUCCAUGGGACUUUGCGAAUGUUUAAAUAGCAUGCUGACGAAUCGGUCGUUUACCUUAAUAUGCUAUCAGAUUUUUCAAUUAUUUUCUUGAACGUGUUCUACGCGCAUUGGUAUUUAAACAGUCGAAAAGAAGAUAUACUAGAUGCGUGCAAGCUAUGAUCACGUAUGUGAAAUCAAUAUGAGUAUUCAUCUAUGGCAGACAAGCAAUCAGAAAAUGUUAAUGUAAAGUUUAUUUAUUUUAAUUACCUAUGUUGUACUACGUAGAACUAGUCGAAACUGAAAAUAUGUAAGAGCUAAAUGGAAUAUUUUAUUUAAAAUACUCUUACCUUGGUUUUUAUUAUGUCAGUGAUAUUUAAAAUUAACAUGUUACAGGCACUAUUAUAGUACAUUAUUAUUAUUAUUAUUCGAAUGUAAAAAUAUAUGACUGAUAAUAAAAAAUAUUGCUAUAGGCUUAGAUAAUUUUAUUACACACCUCAACUUCACAAGGUUUGUUUUCAUGCCCAAACAAGUCAUAUUUUCCUUUAGUCGAAUACUGAGAAUCUCAAAAUAGACAUUCCCACAUAUUUUGACAGAUUGCCUUGAUCAA